AUGUCUUCACUACCUAAAAAAAGGAAACAGGAGGCGAAUAACAAAGGAACAGACAGCAAUACAAACCCACGAUUAUUGUCUUGUCAGAGAUGCCGCACUAGAAAGAUUAAAUGCAACUUUGAAUAUCCAUGUUCAAAUUGUACAAAAGUUGGUGCUGAUUGUAUCAAGACUGUUAACGACAUGAGAAAAAAGAGACCGCCAGCUAAUUAUGUUUCUAAUCUUGAAAAACAAAUAGAGAAUAUAACGGAUUUUUUCGAAAAGUUUAAAAAACUUGACUCAAUAGAAGCAAAACAAAAAUUAAUCGAUUCUACAGAUCUAAACGAUUUCAUUAACAAGGAUUACCAGGAUUAUAAUACUAGCUCCUCAGAAAUUGAGAAUUAUGCAUACCACUCGACAAAACAUGAUAUAAAAAAUUCUAGUAUGUCGGUUUAUGGACCUACAAGUGUUUACGAUAAUGACUUGAUAACCAGGAAUUCAAAAGCACCAUCAAAGCGAGAAGAGCCAUCUAUAAAUAACUUUAAUAAAGAUCCCAGUAUAUUGCAUUGUUUAAAGUUAUUCUUUACUUGGCAAUAUCCUGACCAUAACAUGUUCAUAUUUAGAGAAGCCUUCUUGAUUGAUUUUUUUGAUCCCAAACCAGACAGUUUAUAUUGCUCACGGAAUUUAGUAUUGAGCAUUUGCGCUUUAGGAUCAAGAAUGUCUGAUGAUGAUAAAAUAUACUCGAGAUCCAUUGAGUUUUAUAAUGAGGCAAGAAUUUCCCUUUUAUCACAGUUGGACCACCCAUCCAUUACGUCAUUACAGAGUUUCUUAUUGCUUGCAUUUUAUGAUAUUUGUGAUGGUUCAAAUUCUUCUGGAUGGAUGCUUAGUGGUAAUGCUAUGAGAAUGGGCUUUGAUCUUGGUUUUCAAUUAAAUCCAGAGGUAUGGUUUUUAAAGUCUCAUGAUGAUCUAAGCCCAUUAGAUGUGGCUAUUAGAAGCAGAAUUUACUGGGGGAGUUAUAUGGCGGAUCAUUUUAUAAGCUUAUUAUUAGGUAGACCUUCAUUAUUGAAGAUAUCUGAUGCUUCUAUACCUGAAACUGAUGAUUUACCUGAUUUAGAAUGGAUAGAUGACUACAGAUAUCUUGACCCUAAUUGCGAGGCUAAGAAAGAUACUCAAAUAUCAAAUCCAUUAAAAAACGUAAUUAAAUUAAUCAAUAUUUCAGAUAGUAUGUUGAAUGAUAUAUUUACUAGAUCAGAGGAUGAUCACGAUAAAAACAACGAUGAUUUAAAUUUAUUGUCCAGAAUGAAAAAGCUUUCUGAAUAUAAUAUGCAUAUAAUGAAAUGGAAAGAAUCAUUGCCCGAAGACUUGGCUUGGGACAAGAACUUCUUACAGGAAACAGCUGAUAAUCCAACCCUUCUGUGCAUCAGGUAUUACUACUAUAUCCUUAUAUUGUGUCUUAAUAGACCUUUUGUUGGUAUUUCCAAAUCUGCUGUAGAGGAGCAUCAUUUGUCACCGGCAACUAUUUGUACUAAUGCAAUUGAAGACUUAUAUGUUGCUAUACGUCGGUUUAAAGAGACUCAUGGGUUAAGAAGAGCUUCAAUAUUCAUGGUUUAUUGUUCUAUUCUUUCUAUUUCAGUAAUUUUACUUACUAAUACGAGUAAACAGUUAGUGAACAAAAAGCAGGAAAGAUUGCAGUUCUUUAUGAGCGUAUUACAUGGUUGUUCUCGGACCUGGAAGUUAGCAGAAAAAUCUUACAAAUUGAUUAAAAUAAAAUUGCAAUACAGUCAUAGUAACGAGAGCGAUUUGAAGAAAGAGGAGAAUCAUACUGGUUCUCUGAAUACUAAUAACGAGGAUACCGAGAACGUUUUCAAUUCCAAAUAUCCAAAUAUUUCAAAUAACGAACAACAGGAAAACGGCCGGGAACCUUUUCAAUUACCACGACCGCUUGAAAGUAAUUCGCAAAUUCGAUCUUCCACAACAAACUUUAAGAGGCCUCCAUCGAUACCGCUGCCAGGCCAGGAGUAUAUUGAACACCGUAGUUUUUCACCGAAUGAGCCUGCUACGUCAUUAGUCAAUCCAAGACCAUCACUACACGCAAUUUCUAGUACAGAUAAAAAUGACCAUGCUUAUGAUAAGACGAUAGCAAAUGCAAAUACCGAAUUGUUAUUCGAUGAAAGUUUAGAAUUUUUUGGUGGUCCUCCAGUAUUAAUGACAUCAGAUUUAUUCAAUGAAGAUUGGGAAUCGUUAUUCCCUGAUUAUAUUUUUAAUCCAAAAAAUUAG